UAAACUGUCAACGCAUUGUAGUUUAGUGAAUUCAGGUGGAGUGAUUAGGCAAAGAAAACCGUUCUUUUUUUUCAUAUGGAAGAAAAUCUCAGAUGCAGAUAGUGGUUACGAAUUCGUUAUUCAAUACGUCAUCUGAAUUAUUUCUUUAGUGCAACCCCACUUCGGUGGGAAAAAUCUCAAUAAGUUAGUGUUCCUUCUCCGACAGUGAGUGGCAUUAUGGUCAUUUUCGUGCUAUGCUUGCGAAAAGGAAGCUUUUAGUGCAACUAUGUCGCCCUCACAAUACAUUUGCAAAAUGCCACCGACUUCGCCAAACGAACAGUGAAGAAAAAACGGAGAUAAGUCAUCGGUUAAAACAAGAAAUAUAAACAGCCCCAAAGGGACGUCUACGAGUGCAGGAGAAGAGAACGAAGUUUUUUAAACGAUAAAAAACGAUAUCCCCUCGUCACCCAUUCCGUCGGGGAAGGCGCAUACACAGCGAGCGCGCGCAACCAGCAGCAACAGAGAACGGUGACGGUUGCCGGAGAAGUGUGAAUCAAAAUGAAUGAUCAAGUGAGAAGAAAAGUAUAAGUUGAGAAAAAGAUAAAACUGUCGGCUCAGUUGUAUCCGAGAAGUCUACUGCAACACAACAUAACGUGGAAAACCGAAGGCAUCUGGAGUGCAAUAAAAAAUACACUUUACAACAAGAAGGAGAACAGAGUAUAUACAACACAAUUAUUGCGGCUCGAACAACGAUCGUGUGCCGCCUCAUAGUAUACAAAAUAAAUAACAGCGGUUAAAUGGUGUUUCUCAUCUGAUCCCAUCCAUUAUACAUCGAGCACACAACAAUUAAGUGUACCAAAUAGAUAACUGCUUUUAAUUCGUCGUUGCUUUUAAAAUUUGCGAACAUCAAUAUAUCAAGUACUUAAAAGCGACGAAACGUGAGAGAGCUACUAUUUGCGAAAGUACUGUGAUUCGUAUUUUGGGUUGCGGUGCAUUUUACUCAGCAUAGCCGUAAGUGAAUAUUGCAUAUUAAGUAACACAGCAGACUGAUUUGCGAUCUCGCGACUAGCACCAGUUAAACCGCAAAGAAAGUGGAUUUCAAAGUAACAAUCUGAAGGAAAUAAAAGAACCGAGCUUAUGAAGUUUAUAAUUUAUUGAUUUCUCACUGUGCGUGCAACCAGCUACGAAAAAAAGAAGUCUCCAGCAAGAAGUAAAAACCGCGCUCAUUUAUUGAGUAGUACAAACAGGAAAAGCGCAAGUGACGGAAAUACUUAGGUGCACCCGUCGAUGGUGCAUGCUGUUCAAGAGCAAGAAAUAAUUCCAGUAACGUACGAUUGCGAUCGCGCGGAAUAGACAGGAAACUAAGUGCUGUAUAUCAGCCUCGUCCUCAUCGUGGCUAGCCAAGAUGAUUGUAGUUAAAUGAAAGCAGUUUUGGUUUUGUACCACGAAAAAGAAACACCCCAGGUCUCAAUUGAACACGGUGCUAGAAAAAAAAACUCAAGUGAAGUGCUUUCGCGACAGUUAAUGUAAGAAAAAAAAAGAAUAAACCGUUUUAUGAACAUACACGCCCAUUACGGCUUGGACAGUCAAGUGGUGAAGGUUAAUUAAGAAGAAAUCUUUUAUCACUUUUUACGACAAAAUUCGGACAACCGACCGGCUGUUUUAAAUAUGUGCUCCCGUAAUCUUGCGCUCUCGUUGGCACUGAUAAUCGCACUGGUACCACUGGCAGCUGUAGCGUUACCUCAUCACAGCCUCGCAAAGCGCAGCUCGUUCUUUGACAUAGAAUGUAAAGGACAGUUCAACAAAGCGAUUUUCUACCGGCUGGACCGGAUAUGCGAAGACUGCUACUCGUUGUUCCGGGAGCCUCAGAUCCUGUCCUUCUGCAAAAAGCAGUGCUUCACGACAGACUACUUCCGAGGUUGCAUAGAUGCCCUUCAGCUGACGGACGAAAUCGAAACACUGAAGCCGUACAUCAAGGUGCUAAAUGGUGCCGAUCCCAACACGUUAUAAGUCCCUCAUAGGAGAGAUUAGAAAGCCGCUAAGAACUAAACAGUGAUCUUUUCCUUUGCUACAAGUCUUCAUUUUCGCAGUGACUGACGACUAGCAACGAAUGAACUAAACUUGCGCGCAAAAGUGCUUAACAACCAGUAUCAGCAACAAAAUACAGCCAUUGCUUGCAUUGUUAUAAUUAGAGGAGAUAUACAUUAGAAACGAGAGUGCCAAUAAGCAUACAACACGAAACAUUUACGAAGCUUCAUCAUCAUCAUCACCAUCACGACUGUGGUCCCCAACCCGACACCGAGAAAUCGUGUACCAGUGGCCGAAUAAUGUGCAAUUUUAUUUUUUAACCGGCUCCACGUUCGAUUGCAUCCGAUAGCUCCGAAGGUCCAGUGCAAGGCAGAUAAGCCCGGAAGGCGACGUCAUACAUCCGAAGGAUUCAAACGUAGUGCGGCCUUUCUUUUGUUCACACUUUUGUUUUAUUAUCAA